CUCCCAUGAGGAGGCCUGGUGGCGCAGUGCUUAUAUGUGCUCAGCUUCUAACUGAAAGGUUGGUGGUUUGAACCCACCAGCUGCUCCACAUGAGAAAGAUGUGACAGUCUUCCAUAAAGAUUACAGCUUGGGAAACCCUAUGGAGCAGUUCUAUUCUGUCCUGUAGGGUUACUGUGAGUCGGAAUUGACUCCACGGCAGUGGGUUUGGUUUUUGUUUUACGACUCCUGUGUUUUUAACUCUAGCUCCAGUCUCUCCUUGAACUUAAUGUUUACAUGUCCAGCUGUCUACUCUCUAUCUCCACUUCAGCGUCCAAGAAGUGUUUCAAGGUUAACAUGUGUUAAACCAAUAACCAAACCAAACCUGUUGUCACUAAUUCAAUUCCAACUCAUAAUGAGUGUAUGGGACAUAGUGGACCCACCCCAUAGGGUUUCCGAGGAGGGACUGGUGGAUUUGAACUGCCAACCUCUUGGUUAGUAGCCGAGAUCUUAACCAUUGCAUCAUCAGGGCUUCAUGUGUUAAACAGCACCUCCACUCUAGCUUGUUUCUUUGUCUUUACACCUAGAACCAAUAACCUAGGAGUAAUUUUGUAGUUUCCUUUGCUCUCAGUUGACAUCUAGUUUAUCAGCAGAUUUCAUCAAUUCUGUCUUCGAAAUGUAUCCAGAAUAUAGUUAUGCCUCUCUAUUUUCACUUCUGCCACUUUACUCCAUAUCACCACCAUGUUAUACCUGAUCAAUUUCAUUAACUACCUAAUUGAUCUUCCUGCUUCUAUCCUUGCCCCCUUAUCGUCUGCUUUCUAUACAGCACUCAGAUUGAUCCUUUUAAAAUACACGUCAGGUUAUAAACAGAUUCUGCUCAAAACUCCGGUGGCUUUCUGUUUCACUCAGAACAUUUGCCUUAGUCUACAGGGUCCUAUGUGAAACAAUGCUAUGCUACUGCUCUGAAUGUAUCUCCUGCCACUCUUCCCUUUGCUCACUUCUUCAGCCAUUCUGGCCUCCUUAGUUUUUCAAGCAUGCUGUGCAUUUCUUGCUUCAGCACCUCUGUGCUUGCUUUGUUUGUAAUGCUCCUCCUUAGAUACCUACCUCACUCUUUCCUUCAUUCAGGUCCGUGCUAAAGUGUUACUUAUCACACCUUCCGUGACUAUUCAGUAUAAAAUAUUACCUUCUCCUAUUAUUCACUAUUCUCGUUUCCUGGUUUCUUUUCCUUUGUAGAGCUUAUCAUCCCUGAUGUGUAUACACUUUCGUUUGUUGCAUCAAUUCUCUCCUCCCACAGCUAGAGUAUAAGUUCCGUAAGAGCAGGGAAUUUAUACCCCCAAAACCCAUAACACUGGCUGAUAUAUUGUGUGUGUUCAGGAAAUAUUUAUUAAAUGAAUGGAUCUAAGGAACACUUAGAAAGUAGGAAAAAAAGAAGAGAAUGUGAAUUUAAAAAGUCAAAUGAGUCUUUUCAUUUUUAAAAGCUAUUGCAUCCAUAAAAAAGGUAGAAGGGGCUAUGAAAGACAAAGAACAAGAGUUCUUGGAAAUUAAAAUAUGGUUGUUAACAUAGAACUCAAUAGAAUGAUCAGAAGAUAAGUCAAAGAACUCUACCAGAAAGUAGAAUAAAAUGUCAAAGGGGCAGAGAAAAGAGGUAGAAAGAAGACACAUGAAGGCUCAAUCUAGGAAGUCCAACUAAUAUGAGUUCCAUAAGGAAAGAACAGAUGAAAUGGAGGGGAAAUUAUCAAAGGAAUAAUAGAAGAGACUUUCUAAGAAUUAAAAGACCCAAGUGUUCUGACUCCUCGACACAUCACUGUGAAAUCUCAGAAAACUGAAUGUAUAGUGAAGCCCCUAAAAGUCCUAAAAGGGGAAAACAGGUCACCUUCAAAGCAAUGAGAAUCAAAUUGAUAUCGGACUUCUCAUGAGCAGCACUGAGUGCUCAGAGUAUGGAAUAAUGACUUAAAAAUUCUGAGAGAAAAGAAUUUUCCUCCUAGAAUUCUUUACUCAACUAAUCAGUGACCUAAGAUGAGGACUGAUUAAAGGUAUUCCAGACGUUCAAGGAUUUAGAAGUUUAUUUCACAUGCCGCCUUUCUUACAGAGCACGUUAGGGAUAAAAUACUGCAAAAUAGGUAAAUAAACCAAAAAAAGGUCAAUGCGUGGGACCCAGAAAACAUCUAAAUUGGAGCUUGAAGAAGCAGAGACUUGGGGUGCCAAGGGAGCAUCCAGUCCAGAUUGCAGCAAGAGGAUAGAGGGUACCAGAAUAAGCUUUUUGAGCAAAGAGAGGAUUCUGUGGUUUUGAUGGUAUCUGUGAGGCACUAGUAGAAUUUAUAGACAUGGUUAUGACCAACGUUGCAAGAAAGAAGCACAAAGAAAAAGAUGAACAAGAAAGGAAAUUUAAUGGUAACAUCUUAUUUGGCCAAGAGUGAACACAUAGACAUGCUUCUCAAACUUGCCUGAGUGUAAGAAUUACUUGGGGGUACUUGGCUGAAAAAAUACAGAUUUCUGGGCGUCCCUCCUUGAGAUUCUGAUUCACUAGGUAUGGGCUGAGGGUCCAGUCAUCUGUAUUUUAACAAGCAUUCCAAGUUUUUCUUAGAAAAGUUUUGGAAAUAGACUAAUAGAGGAAAAGCAUAAAAAAUCCAAUAUGAUUAUAGACUUGAAGUGAAAAAACAAAAGUGCAGAAAACAAGAACUGGGAGAGAGAACAAUGAGGAACAGGUAAAAAACCAGUUAGUAGGAAAUCAAGAAGUGCUAUUUAUGUUUGAUGGAAUAAGGCAUAAAAGUGUAAAGUGUUAAAAUUAACCAAUAGAGGAUUUAAGGGGGAAAGUUUGAGGUCAAAUGAACUGAAUCCUUACCUUCAGAACUGGAUUCAAUAAGUAUUAUGGAUUGAAUUAUGCUGUCCAAAAAGAUAUGUUAACUCCUAACCCCUGGUGACCUUAUUUGGAAAUAGGCUCUUUACAGAUACAAUCAGGUUAAGAAGUCAUUAUGGUGGGCCCUAAUUCAAUAUGAUUGAUGCUCUUUUAAGAAUAGUCGAAGAGACACAAGUACAGGGAGAAUGCCAUCUGAUAGAGGCAGGGAUUGGAGUGAGGCAUCUACUAACCACACCUUGACAGCAGUACUGGAAGCUAAGAGAAGGGCAUGGAACAGGUUCUUCCCUAGAGUCCGCCGACAUCUUGAUUUUGAAUUUUUACUUCCAGAACUGUGGGAGAACAAUUUUCUGCAGUUUUACGUCACCCAGUUUGUGGUCAUUUGUUAUGGUGGCCCUGUUAGGUGCCGUCGAGUCGGUUCCGACUCAUAGCGGCCCUAUGCACAACCAAACAAAACACUGCCCGGUCCUGCGCCAUCCUUGCAAUCGUUGUGCUUGAGCUCAUUGUCGCAGCCACUGUGUCAGUCCACCUCGUUGAGGGUCUUCCUCUUUUCCGCUGACCCUGUGCUCUGCCAAGCAUGAUGUCCUUCUCCAGGGACUGAUCCCUCCUGACAACAUGUCCAAAAUAUGUAAGACGCAGUCCCACCAUCCUUGCCUCUAAGGAGCAUUCUGGCCACACUUCUUCCAAGACAGAUUUGUUUGUUCUUUUUGCAGUCCAUGGUAUAUUAUUCAAUAUUCUCCGCCAACACCACAAUUCAAAGGCAUCAACUCUUCUUUGGUCUUCUUAUCCAUUGUCCAGCUUUCACAUGCAUAUGAUGUGAUUGAAAAUACGAUAGCUUGGGUCAGGCGCACCUUAGUCUUCAGGGUGACGUCUUUGCUCUUCAACACUUUGAAGAGGUCCUAAGCAGCAAUUUGCCCAACACAGUGCGUCUUUUGAUUUCUUGACUGCUGCUUCCAUGGGUUUUUAUUGUGGAUCCAAGUAAAAUGAAAUCCUUCACAACUUCAGUCUUUUCUCCAUUUAUCAUGCUGUUGCUCAUUGGUCCAGUUGAGAGGAUUUUUGUUUUCUUUAUGUUGAGGUGUAAUCCAUACUGAAGGCUGUGGUCUUUGAUCUUCAUUCGUAAGUGGUUCAAGUCCUCUUCACUUUCAGCAAGCAAGGUUGUGUCACCUGCAUAACGCAUGUUGUUAAUGAGUCUUCCUCCAAUCCUGAUGCCCCGUUCUUCUUUAGUCCAGCUUCUCGUAUUAUUUGCUUAGCAUACCGAUUAAAUAGGUAUGGUGAAAGAAUACAACCCUGACACACACCUUUCCUGACUUUAAACCAAUGAGUAUCCCCUUGUUCUGACCGAACAACUGCCUUUUGAUCUAUGUAAAGGUUCCUCAUGAGCACAAUUAAGUGUUCUGGAAUUCCCAUUCUUCUCAGUGUCAUCCAUAGUUUGUUCUGAUCCACACAGUCGAAUGCCUUUGCAUAGUCAAUAAAACACAGGAAGACAUCCUUCUGGUAUUCUCUGCUUUCAGCCAGGAUCCAUCUGACAUCAGCAAUGAUAUCCCUGGUUCCAUGUCCUCUUCUGAAACCAGCCUGAAUUUCUGGCAGUUCCCUGUCGACAUACUGCUGCAGCAGUUUUUGAAUGGUCUUCAGCAGAAUUUUGCUUGCGUGUGAUAUUAAUGACAUUGUUCUGUAAUUUCCACAUUUGGUUGGAUCACCUUUCUUUGGACUAGGCAUAAAUAUGGCUCUCUUCCAGUCAGUUGGCCAGGAAGCUGUCUUCCAUAUUUCUUGGCAAAGAUGAAUGAGUACCUCCAGCGCUGCAUCUGUUUGUUGAAACAUCUCAAUUGAUAUUCCAUCAAUUCCUGGAGCUUUGUUUUUUGUCAAUGCCUUCAGAGCAGCUUGGGCUUCUUCCUUCAGUACCAUUGGGUCCUGAUCAUAUGCCACCUCUUGAAAUGGUUGAAUAUCGACUGAUUCUUUUUGGUAUAAUGACUCUCUAUGUAUUCCUUCCAUCUUCUUUUGAUGCUUUGUCGUGCUGUGGGGGCUUGUUGUUGCUGUGAUGCUGGAAGGUAUGCCACUGGUAUUCAGGUACCAGCAGGGUCACCCAUGGAGGACAGGUUUCAGCUGAGCUUCCAGACUAAGACGGACUAGGAAGAAGGACCCGACAGUCUACUUCUGAAAAGCAUUAGCCAGUGAAAACCUUAUGAAUAGCAGCGGAACAUUGUCUGAUAUAAUGCUGAAAGAUGAGCCCCCCAGUUUGGAAGGCGCUCAAAAGAUGACUGGGGAAGACCUGCCUCCUCAAAGUAGACCUUAAUGAUGUGGAUGGAGUAAAGCUUUUGGGACCUUCAUUUGCUGAUGUGGCAUGACUCAAAAUGAGAAGAAACAGCUGCAAACACCCGUUAAUAAUUGGAACCUGGAAUGUAUGAAGUGUGAAUCUAGGAAAAUUGGAAAUCGUCAAAAAUGAAAUGGAAUGCAUAAACAUCUAUAUCCUAGGCAUUAGUGAGCUGAAAUGGACUGGUAUUGGCCAUUCUGAAUCGAACAAUCAUAUAGUCUACUAUGCCGGGAACGACAACUCGAGGAGGAAUGGUGUUGCAUUCAUCGUCAAAAAGAACGUUUCAAGAUCUAUGCUGAAGUACAACGCUGUCAGUGAUAGGAUAAUAUCCAUACGCCUACAAGGAAGACCAGUUAAUACGACUAUUAUUCAAAUUUACGCACCAACCAGUAGGGCCAAAGAUGAAGAAAUGGAAGACUCUUAUCAGCUGCUGCAGUCUGAAAUUGAUCGAACAUGCAAUCAAGAUGCAUUGAUAAUUACCGGUGAUUGGAACGUGAAAGUUGGAAACAAGGAAGGAUCAAUAGUUGGAAAAUAUGGCCUUGGUGAUAGAAACAAUGCCAGAGAUCGAAUGAUAGAAUUUUGCAAGACCAACGACUACUUCAUUGCAAAUACCUUCUUUCAUCAACAUAAAUGGUGACUAUACCAGAUGGAACACACAGAAAUCAAAUUGACUACAUCUGUGGAAAGAGAUGAUGGAAAAGCUCAAUAUCAUCAGUCAGAACAAGGCCAGGGACCAACUGUGGAACAGACCAUCAAUUGCUCCUAUGCAAGUUCAAGCUGAAACUGAAGAAAAUCAGAGCAAGUCCACGAGAGCCAAAAUGAGAACUUGAGUAUAUCCCACCUGAAUUUAGAGACCAUCUGAAGAAUAGAUUUGACGCAUUGAACACUAGUGACUGCAGACCAGAUGAGUUGUGGAGUGACAGCAAGGACAUCAUCUAUGAAGAAAGGAAGAGGUCACUGAAAAGACAGGAAAGGAAGAAAAGAACAAGGUGGAUGUCAGAGAAGACUCUGAAACUUGCUCUUGAGCGUCGAGCAGCUAAAGCAAAAGGAAGAAUUGAUGAAGUAAAAGAACUGAACUGAAGAUUUCAAAGGGCCUCUCAAGAAGACAAAGUAUUAUAAUGACAUGUGGAAAGAGCUGGAGAUGGAAAACCAAAAGGGAAGAACACGCUCAGCGUUUCUCAAGCUGAAAGAACUGAAGAAAAAAUUCAAGCCUCGAGUUGCAAUAGUGAAGGAUUCCAUGGUGGCCCUAGGGAACUAAUAUACUAGGUAAUUUCUGAAGCUAACAAAAAAACAAAUAGUAAUAUGAAUAUAUUAUUUAGAGAAAUGAAGAUAACCACUAGACCUAAAAUACGUUAUAAGAAGUAGAAGUGGCUGCUUGGGGAGAGAUGGGACCUAUUUUAUUUUUUUAACCAUAUGCAGGACUUGGUUAAAAUCAGCAACAGCAACUUGUUUUCAACUUUAAAGAGCUAGAGCUUCAGGUAAUGAAGUUUUACAUAAGAUGUAUCACUGGUUUACUCUGGCUCUGAGAAAGGGCUGACUCUUCUGUGUGUUCAGUUCUUUGAAAAGUGGCAACCAUUGUCUGUUUUAUAUACUGUGGCUCGUAUGUGUGGUACAUAUGAUCCCUUUUAUUUUAUAGAGGAUCAGGGUAAAAAAAAAAAAAAUACUCAUUGCGGUCAACUUGAUUCUAACUCAUAGCGACUCUAUAGAGAGGGCAAGGGUAGAUAGUGCAUAUCUUUAAACCAACCUUUGAAGAAUCUUUAAAUGAAAUGUAAUUAAAACUGACCCUAGACGAGCUUUAAUGGAGUUCUCAUAUCCUUUGUUUGUGCAUAGAUAAAUGACUAGCUGUGUAAACAUGGUGAGAGGACUCCUUAUGUUUACACUAUGAGAGGAUGAGGAUGACGAUGAAGAGGUAGCAGCAGCAGUGGCAGUACUCGCCCCAGCUUCUCAGCUAGUUCCUCAGUCCGCGUGUGGUUCCUCAUGCACGUGAAUCACUGUUUAGCUCUUUCGUGUCCCAUCAUCUAGCACAUUGCCUUUUAUACACUAAAUGCUUUGUAAAUGAAUAUUGCUUAAUUAAAGAAUCAGAAAAUUAAGCUUCAAAGAAAUUGAGUUGCCCUAUCAAGGUCAGUAACUAGAAGUCAGGCCCUUGGCCUCUGCACUCAUCCUUCCUGUGCAAAUUAUAUUGCUCAUCAAAGUGUUAACCAUUAUUUGAGGUCUAAGGCCAUAUUUUAUUUUUUCAGUAGUUUUUAUUCUUUAUUACUACAUUUUUAUUUAUAAAUAUUUUAUGAUACAAAUGGCUUGUGGUAGGUAUAGUUAUCCCAGUCAGUAGUUGUAGAGCAUUCACUAAUUAAUGAAAUUAGCGAAUUAAAAUGUAAUUUAAUUAAAAAUUAAAUUGGCAAUUAAAAACAGUUUAAGCAUGUAUACUGGCCUUGUCUUAGUGUUUAAAUAUAUUUAAUUUCUGACUCAAAGAGAACGACAUCUAGGUAAUCUUCCUAUAAAUCCUUAAUUUCCUGCUAUCCCGAUUUAGUCUAGUCCGAUUUUUUCCUUGGGCUUGAGUAACACUCAUUUUGAAGUUUUGUAAAUUCUGAGGGGCUUCUCCACAGUUAAUUGGAUUAUCCAAGUUAAUGGAUUGACACAGUGGCUGCAACAAUGGGCUCAAACAUAGCAACGACUGUGAGGAUGGCACAGGACCGGGCAGUGUUGCAUUCUGUUAUGCAUAGGGUCGCUGUGAGAUGGAACCAUCUGGAUGGCACCUAACAACAACAAUCCGCAGUUAACAGGAACAUUGGAGCCUUAGGGAAAUCUAACACCGAGUCUGUGUCCUACAGUUAUUAUUUAUUCUAAUUACAAAUAUAGACCAUCUAGUCUAUGUAGAUUACUUAUGUUGUUGUUAGGUACUGUCGAGUUGGUUCCGACUCUUAGCGACCCUGUGCACAACAGAACGAAACACUGCCCGGUCCUGAGCCAUCCUUUUAGUCGUUGUUAUGCUUGAGCUCAUUGUUGCAGCCACUGUGUCAAUCCACCUUGUUGAGGGUCUUCCUCUUUUCCGCUGACCCCGUACUCUGCCAAGCAUGAUGUCCUUCUCCAGGGACUCAGCCCUUCUAACAACAUGUCCAAAGUAUGUAAGACGCAGUCUCGCCAUCCUUGCCUCUAAGGAGCAUUCUGGCUGUACUUCUUCUAAGACAGAUUUGUUCGUUCUUUUGGCAGUCCAUGGUAUAUUCAGUAUUCUUCACCAGCACCACAAUUCAAAGGCGUCAGUUCUUCUUCGGCCUUCCUUAUUCAUUGUCCAGCUUUCACAUGCAUAUGAUGCGGUUGAAAAUACCAUGGCUUGGGUCAGGUGCACCUUAGUCUCCAAGGUGACACCUUUGCUCUUCAACACUUUGAAGAGGUCCUUUGCAGCAGAUUUACCCAAUGCAAUGUGUAUUUUGAUUUCUUGACUGCUGCUUCCAUGGCUGUUGUUUGUGGAUCCAAGUAAAAUGAAAUCCUUGACAACUUCAAUCUUUUCUCCGUUUAUCAUGUUGUUGCUCAUUGGUCCAGUUGAAAGGAUUUUUGUUUUCUUUAUGUUGAGAUGUAAUCCAUCCUGAAGACCGUGGUCUUUGAUCUUCAUUCGUAAGUGGUUCAAGUCCUCUUCACUUUCAGCAAGCAAGGUUGUGUCACCUGCAUAACGCAUGUCGUUAAUGAGUCUUCCUCCAAUCCUGAUGCCCCGUUCUUCUUUAGUCCAGCUUCUCGGAUUAUUUGCUCAGCAUUAUACCGAUUAAAUAGGUAUGGUGAAAGAAUACAACCCUGAUGCACACCUUUCCUGACUUUAAACCUAUCAGUAUCCCCUUGUUCUGUCCGAACAACUGCCUCUUGAUCUAUGUAAAGGUUCCUCAUGAGCACAAUUAAGUGUUCUGGAAUUCCCAUUCUUCCCAGUGUUAUCCAUGGUUUGUUAUUAUCCACACAGUCAAAUGCCUUUGCGUAGUCAAUAAAACACAGGAAAAUAUCCUUCUGGUAUUCUCUGCUUUCAGCCAGGAUCCAUCUGACAUCAGCAAUGAUAUCUCUGGUUCCACAUCCUCUUCUGAAACCGGCCUGAAUUUCUGGCAGUUCCCUGUUGAUAUACUGCUGCAGCCAUUUUUGAAUGAUCUUCAGGAAAAUUUUGCUUGCAUAUGAUAUUGUUCUAUAAUUUCCAUAUUUGGUUGGAUCACCUUUCUUUGAGUAGGCAUAAAAAUGGAUCUCUUCCAGUCAGUUGGCUAGGAAGCUAUCUUCUGUAUUUCUUGGCAUAUAUAAGUGAGCACCUCCAGCGCUGCAUCUGUUUGUUGAAACAUCUCAGUUGAUAUUCCAUCAAUUCCUGGAGCCUUGUUUUUCGCCAAAGCCUUCAGAGCAGCUUGGACUUCUUCCUUCAGUACCAUCGGUUCCUGUUCAUAUGCCACCUCUUGAAAUGGUUGAACAUCAGCUAAUUCUUUGUGGUAUAAUGACUCUGUGUAUUCCUUCCAUCUUCUUUUGAUGCUUCCUGCGUCGUUUAAUAUUUUCCCCAUAGAAUCCUCCACUAUUGCAACUUGAGGCUUGAAAGAUUCCUGUACUUCCUUGAUUUAAUAAUAAACCUUCCCGGCUUAUGCAACUUCUUGGAUUCUUAGAGCUGAAAUUAUUAAUUUGCAUCACAGAGAUAGGUCCCAAAUGUAACAAUUGAGGUAGUGUGCUAAAGGAUUAUAUUUUUCUUCUCUUCAUCUUUUUGAUUUAAAGCAGAAGUACAGAACAAUCACAGCUUGAUGAUUGCUCUUUGGAACAAGAGUUUCCAUUUAUACAUUAAUAUGCAUUUUCCUAACCUGUUUGUAGUUUUUCUCACCCCAGCUCCAUACUUCUUAAUUUUUAAAUUUACCUACAGGAUAGUUCACUUUUUUUUGUAAGCAGUAGUUUUGACAAAAGUGUAGAUUUGUGUCAGCGCUAUCACUAUCAAAGUAUAGAACCAUUCCAUCACUCCAAAAAAAUUCCCUUGUGCUCCCUCUUUAGAGUCAGCCUCUCCCUCUACCCCCAACCCCUGGCAACCGCUGAUACUGCUGUUUGUCCCUGUAGUUUAUUUGAAGUUGAGUGCCUCCUAUCUUCAGGUACUUUCUAGGUGCUGUGGAGUAUACUAGAACCGAAAGAAACAAUACUAGGCAACAACAAAAUCUCCUUCCUUCAAGGAGCGAGCUUCUAGUGACAAGUGCUAAGGAAAACAACAAAGAAGGCCAGGAAGAAAUGAAAUUUUGGUGGGGUGGGGGCCGUUGUAAUUAUUGGACUGGAGCCAGUACUUGUAUUUUUGUUUUUAUAAACUGGAUGGGGCAAGUGGUUGAGUGCUUGGCUGCUAAUCAACAGGUUGGUAGUUCAGAUCCACCCAAAGGUGUCUUGGAAGAAAGGCUUGGUGAUCUACUUCCAAAAGGUCACAGCCACUGACAACUAACUCUAUGUGCAGUUCUACUCUGAAACACGUGGGGCACCAUGAGUCAGAAGCAAUUUGAUGGUAACUGGUUUAGUCUGUUUUUAAAUUUUGGCAUAAUUUUAGAUUUAAUAAAGUUGCAAAGAUAGUACAGAUAGUUGCAACAUACCGCUCAUCCAGUUUACUUCAACGUUAACAUCUUCCAUUACGAUUAUGUAUUUAUCAAAACUGAGAUAUAAAUAUUGGUUCCUUUUUUUUUGUUUUUAUUAUUAACUGUACUCUGGAUUUUACUAGUUUUUCCACCGAUAUCCUUUUUCUGUUCAGGGAUCCAUUCCAGGAUAGCAUUCCCUUUAGUUGUUUUCUCUCCUUUAGUCUCCUCCAAUUGAGACAGUUUCUCAGUCUUUCUGCUGUAUUUUGACCUUGAUACUCUCAAAGAGUACUUGUCAGGUAUUUUGUAGUUGCUAGUUACCCUGAUGUUUUUCUCAUGAUUAGACUAAGGUUAUUGAUUUUGGGGAAGAUUACUACAGAGGUGAAGUGCCUUCUCAUUACAGCAUGCUUAUCAGGAGAGAAUGUAGCUGGUCACUACAUUUCCCCCUUCCAUGAUAUUCCUCUGAAUGUGGACUCUACAGAGGAAAAUGGUAUUCCUACAAAGAAAGCGCGAAAUGAUGAGUAUGAGAAUUUGUUUAAUAUGGUUGUAGAAGUACCUCGGUGGACAAAUGCUAAAAUGGAGAUUGCCACCAAGGAGCCAUUGAAUCCCAUUAAACAAGAUGUAAAAGGGGGCAAGCUGCGCUACGUGGCAAAUAUCUUCCCUCACAAGGGUUAUAUAUGGAAUUACGGUGCCCUCCCUCAGACUUGGGAAGAUCCUCAUCAAAAAGAUAAGAGCACAGACUGCUGUGGAGAUAAUGAUCCUAUUGAUGUUUGUGAAAUAGGCUCAAAGGUUUUUUCUCGUGGAGAGGUUAUCCCUGUGAAGAUCCUUGGAAUUUUGGCUCUUAUUGAUGAAGGUGAAACAGAUUGGAAAUUAAUUGCUAUCAGUGUGAAUGAUCCUGAAGCCUCAAAGAUUCAUGACAUUAGUGAUGUGAAGAAGUAUAAACCAGGUUACUUGGAAGCUACCCUUGAUUGGUUUAAACAUUAUAAAGUGCCAGAAGGAAAACCAAAAAACAAAUUUGCUUUUAAUGGGGAAUUCAAAGACAAGGCUUUUGCUCUUGAAGUUAUUAAAUGUGCUCAUGAAUUUUGGAAAGCACUACUUAUGAAGAAGUGUGAUAGAGGGACUAUAAAUUGCACAAACGUGCAGGUGUGUGAUAGCCCUUUCCGUUGCACUGAAGAGGAAGCAAGAUCAUUGGUUGAGUUGGUUCCAACUUCAUUGAAUAAAGAAAAUGAUGAAGAAGAGCAAGUGUGGCACUUCCUUGACAAGUGAUUGAGACAUUUCAAAUCCUGCAAUCAAGACUCCAAUCGUCCUGUUCCCCUAAGUGUUAGAGACAGGCAGGUAUAUAAGCAUUUGCUGACUUCCUGUUGAAACUUCUUUUUUUCCCCCACAUUUCUUGAAAUAUGUAGUAUGUAAAUAAACAUUGAAAUUUUUUAA